AUGGUCGCCCAGCUGGGCGGCGUAGCAUUCUUGGGUCUGUGCCAGGGUCAGCCCCCGCGGACGCAGCUGCGCGCCAGUCGGGGCGGAGAUGUGGCCGAGCGGGGCACGGCUGGUCCGGGCGGCGAGGCGAGGUCGGACCGCUGCCCAGCACCAGCGACAGACCACCCGACGGAGAUGAACUGGUACCACCGUCAGUGGCCUACCGCUACUGGCUGGCUGCUCACAUGUCUGCUUCCGGGCGUGCUGUGCAUACGUAUCGUUGACAUGCAGAUUCCCCGUUCGUUGGUGAGGGGAGGCGAAGUGACAUUACGCUGUAAGUAUGACCCCGAGGGCAAGGAUAUAUACGCCGUCAAAUGGUACAAGGACCGGCAGGAGUUCUACCACUUCCUGCCUCAGAAUAGCCAGCAGAAGGGCUCCUACAAUGUCUCCGGAUUUCAAGUGGUGCCAGAGAAGUCGUCUGACACCGAGGUGACCCUGAGGCAAAUCGGUGACCGGGCGGCCGGCACCUACAAGUGCGAGGUCUCCGGCGAGGGGCCCAACUUCUGGACCGCGUUUCAGGAGCGCAACGUGUCCGUCGUGGCGCUACCGGACCGCCAGCCGGAGAUCUGGGGCCACCUCCGCUUCUACCGGCCAGGGGAGAACAUCUCGGUCAACUGCACCUCGCCCAACUCCAGCCCGGCGGUGCGCAUCAACUGGUUUGUCAACGACGAACAGGUGUCGCGGGACAACAUCCAUCAGUGGGAGGCGCCGAGCGGCGCGCGUCUGGUGACGUCCACCGGCAACCUGCGCAUGACGGUGCGGCCGCACCACUUCAAGGCGGGCGUCAUGCAGCUCAAGUGUACCGCGUCGCUGGGCGACGUCUACUGGGAGAGCGUGCGUGUCAACCUGCCCAUCUGGGGCGAGACAGCACGCGGCGCGCGCAGCAACGGCCUCUUCGCGGCAGGCGGGGCUUCGCGUCCUGGGCUCGUCACUUCGGUUCAGAUGUUCCUGUGCGCAUGCGCCGCCCUGGUGUUCCGCUGAGCUGACUCACGCCGCUCACGUGGGUGCGAACUGUCGGAAGGCUGCCGUGGCCCCGCAGAUGCGUACUCUGCUCGUUCUUUGUGAUAAGCAGUGGGCGAAUGGAUCGUAAACGCAUGUGUUCAGUGUUUACAGAUGUGCAAAUAUACGUGUUUCUUAC